AUGGAUAUUUCAAUAAAUCCACUAGAAACACACACUGUUGUUGGAUUAUACGGACCACUUUCACAUGAUGUUUUGAGUAAACUACUUUCUGAGAAAUCACUUGAAAUCUCAAUUUAUGAGCCUGACGGGUCAUUUGAGAAAACAUCCUCACAAUAUCUACGUUAUUUUAUGAAAAGUUUUUAUAUAAACUUCAAAGAUUACCCAGAAAGGAUUAUUUGUUAUCGAGUGCUGGAUGUUGAGGAUGGUUUCGAGUUUAUUAUACCAAAUGAAUACUAUGGUGAAUUUACGGAAUUAUUAUUAUCAAAUGAAUCUGUGAAGACAAUUGGAUUUGAUACAUACGACAUCGCAAGAUUGGAAACUGGUAUAAUUCGACCUGAUUUAGACCUAACUCCGGAAUCCACACCAAUGCAUUGCUCUCUUAUGUGGAACUUAGAUAUUCAUAAAAUCAGGAAAAGAAUAAUUUUUGGCCACAAACACCUAGGUCGUGCUAUGGUUGACGGAGUUUCAAAAGUACGUGUUGGCCUAAUUUCUAAUAAAAUGAUAACACCUUCCUGUACAAUUUUAACCAGUUCUACUAGAAUGCCGAUAGGUAAAAUAACUUCUUCUAUAUUCAGUCCGGCACUGGGAAUGUACAUAGCUCACUGUUACGUUAAUUGUGAUUACGCUAAACAUGAUACGCCUGUUAUAAUUUGCAUACCCAAAGACCCCGAUGCUUCGGUUUCCAAGGUUAAGUAUAAAAAAUACUACAGGAAUAAAAUUCUAAAAAGUUUUUGCAGAGGGACUAUAGUAAGACUGCCAUUUAUAAAGUCUAAAUAUCAAGUAAAAGAUCAAGAGAAAAAGAUAAGAAAUGUUAAUUUUCUCUCUUUGAAUAAAAAAACCGAGGACUCUUCCAUAUCUAAAGAUAUAACUAAGAAUGGAUCUAGUAUAUCAAGAGUUGUAGUUAGGGCUGAAUCAAGAGAAGUCGCAAAGACCAGGAAACAGAUUUGGAAGGAUGUUAUAAGAAAUCACAGGAAAAAGCUCAAUAAAACAUUGGAAAUGGCAUGUAAUAAAUGGGAAGAGAUCAAUGAGCAGUCUAUAAAUAAUGAGUUUGAGGAAAAUGAAGGAACACAUGAAUUCAAUAUAGCUGAAAGGAUUAAUAUAAUUCCCGAGGCCAAAAUUGAUUUAAAAGAUGUACUGGAAUAUUAUAAAACUCGACAUGAAGUUGAGGUUUCACAUCGUCAUAGAAGGUACAGGCCAAUUCAACACACAAUGAGUUAAGAUUUAUCAGUUUAAGCACUAGUAGAUUCCACUAAUAUUCUC